ACAUAAUGAUCCCGAGAUGCAUUUUUACCUUUGGGGUUGUGUCGACGCAACUGCAUGUUUUCUGUGACGCUAGCAUUGAGGCAUUUGCUGCGGUUGCUUAUGUUCGAAAUGAGAUGCAGACUGGGGAAAUCAAGAUUCGACUGGUUAUGUCCAAGACAAGAGUGGUUCCUGUCAAACCCAUUUCGAUUGCGAAACUGGAGCUCAAUGGGGCUGUCCUGGGGGCAAGAAUAAUUGGAUUUUUGGAAAGAACGUUUCGCCAACCCAUCAACAGAAGAGUAUUGUGGACGGAUUCCACCGCAGUUUUGGGAUGGAUUCAAGCAACGGCGUCGUAUUAUAAACCGUUCGUGAGCAACUGGGUGGGAGAAAUCCAGAUGUUGAGCUCAACCCGUGAUUGGAGACACGUUCCCGGAGCCAAAAAUCCUGCGGAUCUGGCGACACGUUCGAAUUUUAAGGGUCCUGUCCUUCCCGACUUGUGGCUGAACGGCCCUGAAUUCCUUAUGGAGAAAGAGAUAAAUUGGCCCGAAAUGAAGACAGUGCAAAAGAAUAAGGAAGAAAUUAAGAAUGAAUUCAAUACCUUCGAGGUCGUUCUGGUUGCGGAAGAGAAAACAUGGUUUGACAGAAUAAAAUCGUGGGAAGAAGCAAAGCAAAAGAUGAGAGAAGAAAGUGAAGACCCAGAAGAAGAUGAAGAGGUGGCGUUGAUAGGCCAGAGCCAAAAGCGUGUGUUUCCCGAGGAUCUUCAAUGUUUGCAAGCGAAACUGCCUUUGAAGAAUAAUUCAAAAUUACGUCAACUAAACCCAUUUUUGGACGCAGUGGGACUCAUUCGGGUAGGUGGACGCAUUGACAAAGCAGCGGCACCCUACGAACUACGUCACCCCAUCGUUCUCAGUCCAAAGGACCCGCUGACAAUCCUCCUGUUGGACCAUUUACACGAAAGAAGUAAUCAUGCAGGAACUAAUCACGCCCUUUCCCUUCUGCGACAAAAUUAUCAUGUCCUACGGGGCAGAGAGGCCAUCAAACAGGCCGGCAGGAGAUGUCUGUUUUGCCGCAAGAGGAGUGCGAUGCCGGUCUCUCAAAUGAUGGCAGAGUUGCCACAAGAAAGGAUAUCAAUUCCAUCCCCCCCCUUCAACCGUGCCUCCGUGGAUUUGUUCGGACCAUAUCAAGUAAUAGUUUCUCGAAAUCGAACAGAGAAGAGGUGGGGAGUGAUAUUUACCUGUCUUACCACGCGCGCGAUCCACCUGGAGGUGGUCAGAAGUUUGAGCGAGGAAGAUUUUUUAUCGGUGUUGAGGAUUUUUGAAAACUUGAGAGGUCGUCCCCAAACUAUCUACUCGGACAACGGGACAAAUUUUAUUGCCAGUGCAAAAGCCUUAAAAGAAAGAGGGAUCCCAAUUAAAUGGUCUUUUCAACCCCCCGCCGCUCCUCAUUGNACCUGGAGGUGGUCAGAAGUUUGA